AUGCAACAACUUUUAAAUAAAUGCUUAAAUGUGAAUAACUCAGAAAAUGUAAUAGAUGAAGAGGAGAGUCUUUUUCAAACAUGUAAAUUAAUAGUAGGUUUAAGUGAUAAUAUAGGUGAGGUGAAUUGUUUAAAUAAUGAUAGUAUGGAUAACGAUUUUUUAUGCGGUUUUGAUGAUUAUGCUAAAAAGAAUUGCAGAGAGGAAAUAAAAAUGAGUGUAAUGAAUGGAAUGAAGGAAAGGAAAUUAGAACAGGUGAACUUGAAUGCAUAUUGUGAAAAUGAUUUUAAUAGAAUAUUUAAUAUAGAAUAUGUAGACUUACCAGUGAAAUUUUACGAAACGAUAUUUUUAAAUUUUUUCAGUUCUUUUAUUCAGCUUGAAAAGAUGGAAAAAAUAUUUUGGGAAGACUACAUAUAUGUGAUGAAAAAAAUAUAUGACACAAUGAAGAAUCAAAAAUAUGUCCUAUUGCACAAAUUUAAUUCCGUUCCGCAUCAGCAAAAAAAAAAUAAUGUAAAUUAUAAAAACGGUGAUGCAUUAAUAUGUAGUGACAAUAUUAUAGCUGUAGCAGAUGGAGUAUCUUCAAUAAAAAAUAGUGGUAUUAAUGUAAGUAAUUUUUCAAAUGAACUUUUAAAAAAAUGUCUAAAUUUAUAUUUAUAUAGAUGUGUUAAUAAUGAAUUAUUUGAAGAACAAAAUCAGGUUAUAUUUAAACAUUAUAAUUUGAAGUAUAAAAUGGAUGAAGUAUUAAAACCAAUUAUAUGUAGAGGCGCAUGCUCCUCUAAUUUUUUAGGUGCAUCCACCCUUUUAUUUUCUUCCAUAGAAAAAGAAAAGUUACAUAUAUGUACUAUAGGAGAUUGUCAAAUGUUAAUUGUUAGGUUGAAGGAGAAUUAUUUAAGAGACAAAAUUUUCGAAAAAGUGAAAAUAAAAAUUCAAGCAUCUGAUGAAGCGUCAAAUUUUACGAAACGUGAGAGCAAUAUUACCACUAUCGUGGAUUGUGAUACGGGUUACGAUCUAGUAAAAGACGAAGUCAAGGGGGAAGGGGGGAAAAUUGCUCAGAGCAGUGCAAAAUUAAAUGGUCAUUUAAAUGAUGAUUUAAGUGUAAAAUUAGACGAUAAUAUAAGUGUAAAAUUAGACGAUAAUAUAAGUGUAAAAUUAGACGAUAAUUUAAGUGUAAAAUUAAACGAUAAUUUAAGUGUAAAAUUAGAUGAUAAUUUAAGUGUAAAAUUAAACGAUAAUUUAAGUGUAAAAUUAAACGAUAAUUUAAAUGUAAAAUUAGACGAUAAUUUAAAUGUAAAAUUAGACGAUAAUUUAAAUGUUAGUUUUAACAAAUGGGAGGACGAAUUCAGUAGUAAUAUGUCUAAAUGUCAAGGAGUAUAUAAAAACGGUGAGAAUGAUAACAGGCUUCUAAAUAAUAAGUUUGCAUUAAAAGACUUAUAUUUAAAAAGGAAGGAAUUAUAUCGAGAUGAUAUUAAUAGUAGUAUAAAUAAUAUAGAUGAUGUUGGGAAAAAAAAUGCAAACAUAGUAUUAUACGUUGAAGAGGUAUUAGGGGAAGAGAUCUGUGAUGAUUUUGAAAAGUAUGUAUCUAGUCAGAAUUAUAAAAUUGGAAAUCUGUCAUUCACAAUAAAAGAUGGAGAUUUAUAUCAAUACCCCAAUAUUAGAUCAGAUACAAUCAUUUCUCGAAAUAUUUCCUGUGCAACAGAAAAUGACUUUUACGAAAAUGAAAAAAACAAUCUUUAUCUAAAAAGUACUAUAGAUGAAACCGGGUUUAGGAAGUUGUUAAAUUUUUUUAAUAUUGAAAGAAAAGAUAUCCUAGUGGAUUCGAAGAAUUAUGUAAGGAUGGAAAAUACAAAUGAGAUAUUAUCACGUGAAUGGACGGGGGGUGGGUCUUCAGUUGGAGUACAUAAAAAAGAAGGGGAUGUAAAAAAGGGAAGUGAAAUUGAAAGUAGAAUUAACAGGGAAAAAGAAAAGAAUAGGAAAAGUCAGAAUUAUAUGAACGUUAAUAAUUAUAGAUUUAGAUGCUAUAAAGAGGAACUAAGCCAUUUUUAUAUAAUUUACAAAUCAAAAAUUCAGCAGCAUUAUUUUAAUUGCCCAUAUCAGAUAACUUUUAUGCCUACAAAUUUGAGUACCAAUAUAGGUAAGGAUAAAUCAAACAUUACUUUAAAAAAUAAUAUUAAAAUGAACAAAUAUAAUGAUAUUAUUUCAAAAUGUUUAAGAUAUUGUGAAUAUUCCAGUAUUGACAUUAGGACAAAUGACAUUAUAGUAAGUGGAAGUGAUGGUCUUUUUGAUAAUAUUUAUGACGAUGACAUAAUGGAAAUUCUAUAUAAUAAUUUUUAUAUCAUAAAGGAUAACGAUUUUAUAAAUUUAAAGCACUUUGUGAAUUUUGUUGAUGAAUACAAGCGAAUAUUAAAAUACAUUGAGCAUAUGAUAUGGAACAGUUCAUUGAAAGGGAAGAGGACUAAAUACAUAUGUUCAGGUAGUUUGAGGAACUCCUCAGAUGGAACUGAAAAGCGUAGUGAAAGAGAAGAGCUUAACACAAAAGGGGGAAGUAAUAAAAAGAAUGGAAUAUCAGUUAUGAGCUACAUAUCUAGUGAUGAUAUCUCGGGAAACUUGAACAAUAGAAAUAAGAACAGAAGUGGUGUUAGAAAUGAUAAUAAAAAUGAUCAUAUAAGCGAUCAUAGAAAAAAUCAUAGAAACGAUCAUAGAAACGAUCAUAGAAACAAUCAUAGAAGCGAUCAUAGAAAUAGUAGUAACAGUAAUAAGAAUAGCAGACUUGGGAAUUAUCAGGAUAAGAAGAGAAAGAGUGAAAAAUGCACUACAAAAGCGGCAAAUGACACAACAGAUGAAGAAGGAGAAAACCUCAAGUCAUUUACCCUAAAAGGGAAUUCCAUUAGCUAUCUAGGCAAAAAAAUCAAAGACAAAAAAUUUGGUACUAAUAAUAACUGUGAUGUUAAAAAAAAUAGUGAUGUUAUAAAAAAUAGUGAUGUUGUAAAAAAUAAAGGAAAGGAUCAAAAUAAUUCUCUUGAUAAAAAGUACAAGAACGGCUUAAGCUUUGCGAUGAACAAACUGCAUUUUCCAUCUAAAAUAAAGGGAAUGUUUUCCAUUAAAUCAAAGAAUAAAAAUACAUAUAUAGCAAAAAAAAAAGAACGUGUUAUGGAUAAGGAGAGAACUGAAAAUAUCCUUUCGAAGGAUAAGAAAAAUGGUAAAGUGAAAGAAAAUGAUAAAAUAGUAUCAAACGAAAAUAGUUAUAGAAGUAAUAAUAAUUCAUAUAACAGUUUUAUGAAGAAUAAGACGUUUGAUUAUGAUGAUGAUGAUGAUAACAGGAAAUAUUCUGCAAAUUCUGAACACAUAAAAAGUGGAAAACAGGAGAAUGUUCAGGAAAAUUUAGAAAAUGAUGGUAGCUCAGCAAGUUAUAUGGUAAGUGAUGCUUUCACAGAGGGUUCCAACUUUGACAAAUUCAAUAAAUCCAAUAAUGAUUAUGAUGGAGUAUGGGUAAAAAAUAUGCACCCAAAUCAACUCCAGAAAGGGGGAAAACAAAAUACUGAAAUUAUUGUAGAUGAUUAUGUAAAGUAUCUAAGGAGAAAAGAAACUAAUUACACAGAGAAAUGGAUGACUGAACAAAAAACAUUGACAGAAUUUUCAAAUGUGUGUGAUAUGAAAUAUAAUAUAAUGGGAAAUUCAGAACGGAAUAAUUAUGACAUAAAAGAUAUGAGAAAUAUCAGAAGAAAAAAAAAAGUAAUUAUUGAGAAGAAAAUUGAUUGUUCUAUAUUUUUAUAUGAACCAUCUGAUUUUAUUUUAUUUGAUAAGAAUAAUAAUAUUUAUUUAAAUGCUAAAAAGGCUUGUGAUGAAAUUAUAGAGCUGGCAACAAUUCUAGCUAGCCAACCAGUAAAUAAUACUUUGUUAAAAAAAAGAAGAAAGGAAUACAAUGAGGAACAGAAAAAUAUGAACGGCAAUAAAAAUAAAAAAAGCAUAAAAAAAACAAAAACACAUGAACUAGUGAAAAAAAAUAUACAAAUAAAUAAUAAAUGUAUUAGCGGAAAUUUGGUUUCAAAUAUUAAUGAAAAGGAAACAUAUUUAUUUGAUCAGGUUAAUUAUGAUGAUAUACAAUCAAAUAAAUCAAAUGAUAAAAUUAUUUUAACACCUAUAUCCGAAUUUAUUUUUGACAAAUACGAAAAAUAUUUUAAUAUGGGUAAGCCUGACGAUACAACUGUUAUACUUUCUGUUGUAAAGGAAAAUAAAUACAAUUCUUAA